GGGGUGCAGCGGCAGACGAUGGCCAUCUUAAGUGGCCGCUGAGAGUCUAGGGCCGCUUCCCCCGGGAAGGGGACAUCGGAGCGGCCCAGGAGGUGGGGGGAUCGGCGUGCGGCGGCCGCGGCUCUGGGGAGAGGUCGGCAGCCCAGGGGCUGGAGGGAACUUUCUUCUGGACGGGUUAGGGAGGCCUGGUCUCGGACUGCUGAACCCCUCAAGGCCCGGGCCUGCGGUUGAGGCCGGCGCUGCAGGCGGCGGCGGCUGCGCGGCUAACCAGGCGGCCUGCGCGGCGGAGCGCGGAGUCGGGAUCCUCGACUCGGCUGGGUCCGCUGAUCCUCAGGCCUGGAGCCCGGGCCCUGUCCCAGCCUCAGCCCCCAGCGUGCCGGGGGGAUGGCGCCAGGCGGUGGGCAAGGUUGGCGCUGAGCCCUGCACGGGCCAUGGCCUUGGCGUGCGGGGCGCCGGGCUCAGGGGGCGCCGGCCCGGGGGGCGCGCUGGGCAGCCCGGCCCCCGCCUGGUACCACCGAGACCUGAGCCGCGCUGCCGCCGAGGAGCUGUUGGCCCGGGCAGGCCGUGAUGGCAGCUUCCUGGUCCGAGACAGCGAGAGCGUGGCGGGUGCCUUCGCGCUCUGCGUCCUGUAUCAGAAGCAUGUGCACACAUAUCGAAUUUUACCUGAUGGAGAAGACUUCCUGGCUGUGCAGACCUCGCAAGGCGUGCCUGUGCGCUGCUUCCAGACCCUGGGGGAGCUCAUCGGCCUGUACGCCCAGCCCAACCAGGGCCUCGUGUGUGCCCUGCUGCUGCCUGUGGAGAGGGAGCGAGAGCCAGACCCCUCGGACGACCGUGAUGCCUCAGAUGGGGAGGAUGAGAAGCCCCCGCUGCCCCCGCGCUCUGGCUCCACCAGCAUUUCUGCCCCUGUGGGGCCCAGCAGCCCCCCGCCAGCCCCUGAGACCCCCACAACUCCAGCUGCUGAGAGUGCUCCCAAUGGGCUGAGCACUGUCUCGCAUGAGUACCUGAAGGGCAGCUACGGGCUGGACCUGGAGGCUGUUCGGAGCGGAGCCAGCAAUCUGCCCCACCUCACCCGCACCCUUGCCACCUCAUGCCGGAGGCUGCACAGUGAGGUGGACAAGGUCCUAUCAGGCCUGGAGAUCCUGUCCAAGGUGUUUGACCAGCAGAGCUCACCCAUGGUGACCCGCCUUUUGCAGCAACAGAACCCACCACAGACUGGGGAGCAGGAACUAGAGAGCCUGGUGCUGAAGCUAUCAGUGUUAAAGGACUUCUUGUCAGGCAUCCAGAAGAAGGCCCUGAAGGCCCUACAGGAUAUGAGUUCCACAGCCCCCCCGGCUCCGUUGCAGCCAUCCACUCGUAAGGCCAAGACCAUCCCUGUGCAGGCCUUUGAGGUAAAGCUGGAUGUGACCCUGGGUGACCUGACCAAGAUUGGGAAAUCACAAAAGUUCACGCUGAGCGUGGAUGUGGAGGGUGGGCGGCUGGUGUUGCUGCGGAGACAGCGGGACUCGCAGGAGGACUGGACAACCUUCACGCAUGACCGCAUUCGCCAGCUCAUUAAGUCCCAGCGUGUCCAAAAUAAGCUGGGCGUUGUAUUUGAGAAGGAGAAGGACCGGACACAGCGCAAGGACUUCAUCUUUGUCAGUGCCCGGAAGCGGGAGGCCUUCUGCCAGUUGCUGCAGCUCAUGAAGAACAAGCACUCGAAGCAGGAUGAGCCUGACAUGAUCUCUGUCUUCAUAGGCACCUGGAACAUGGGAAGUGUGCCACCUCCGAAAAAUGUGACAUCUUGGUUCACAUCGAAGGGUCUGGGGAAGACCCUGGAUGAGGUCACAGUAACCAUACCCCAUGACAUCUAUGUUUUUGGGACCCAGGAGAACUCGGUGGGUGACCGAGAGUGGCUGGACCUGCUCCGUGGGGGCCUCAAGGAGCUCACAGAUCUGGAUUACCGCCCGAUUGCUAUGCAGUCACUGUGGAAUAUCAAGGUGGCUGUGCUGGUCAAGCCAGAGCACGAGAACCGCAUCAGCCACGUCAGUACGUCCAGUGUGAAGACUGGCAUUGCCAACACCCUGGGAAACAAGGGGGCUGUGGGUGUCUCCUUCAUGUUCAAUGGCACUUCAUUUGGCUUUGUGAAUUGCCACCUCACCUCGGGAAAUGAGAAGACUGCCCGGCGGAACCAGAACUACCUGGACAUUCUGCGGCUGCUCUCUCUGGGCGACCGGCAGCUCAGUGCCUUCGACAUCUCUCUGCGUUUCACUCACCUCUUCUGGUUUGGCGACCUCAACUACCGCCUGGAUAUGGAUAUCCAGGAGAUCCUGAACUACAUCAGCAGGAAGGAGUUUGAGCCCUUGCUCAGAGUGGACCAGCUCAACUUGGAGCGGGAAAAGCACAAGGUCUUCCUUCGAUUCAGUGAGGAGGAGAUCUCCUUCCCGCCCACUUACCGCUACGAGCGGGGUUCCCGGGACACAUAUGCCUGGCACAAGCAGAAGCCAACUGGGGUCCGGACCAAUGUGCCUUCAUGGUGUGACCGGAUUCUCUGGAAAUCCUAUCCCGAGACCCACAUCAUCUGCAACUCCUAUGGUUGUACCGAUGAUAUUGUCACCAGCGACCACUCCCCCGUGUUUGGGACAUUUGAGGUUGGAGUUACCUCUCAGUUCAUCUCCAAGAAAGGGCUCUCAAAGACUUCAGACCAGGCCUACAUUGAAUUUGAGAGCAUUGAGGCCAUUGUGAAGACUGCCAGCCGCACCAAGUUCUUCAUUGAGUUCUACUCCACCUGCCUGGAGGAGUACAAGAAGAGCUUCGAGAAUGAUGCCCAGAGCAGUGACAACAUCAACUUCCUCAAAGUGCAGUGGUCCUCACGCCAGCUGCCCACGCUCAAGCCGAUUCUUGCUGACAUCGAGUACUUGCAGGACCAGCACCUCCUUCUCACAGUCAAGUCCAUGGAUGGCUACGAAUCCUACGGGGAGUGCGUCGUGGCGCUCAAGUCUAUGAUCGGCAGCACAGCCCAGCAGUUCCUGACCUUCCUGUCCCACCGUGGCGAGGAGACAGGCAACAUCCGUGGCUCCAUGAAGGUGCGGGUGCCCACAGAGCGCCUGGGCACCCGUGAACGGCUCUACGAGUGGAUCAGCAUUGAUAAGGAUGAAGCAGGAGCAAAGAGCAAAGCCCCUUCUGUGUCCCGAGGCAGCCAGGAGCCCAGGUCAGGGAGCCGCAAGCCAGCCCCCACAGAGGCCUCCUGCCCACUGUCCAAGUUAAUUGAAGAACCAGAGAAACCACCGCCAACUGGGAGGCCCCCAGCCCCACCUCGAGCAGCUCCCCGGGAAGAGCCCUUGACACCCAGGUUGAAGCCAGAGGGGGCUCCAGAGCCGGAAGGGGUAGUGGUCCCCCCACUCAAGAACAGCUUCAAUAACCCUGCCUACUACGUCCUUGAAGGGGUCCCACACCAGCUGCUGCCCCCAGAGCCACCCUCGCCUGCCAGGGCUCUUGGCCCGCCUGCCACCAAGAACAAGGUGGCCAUCACAGUGCCUGCUCCACAGCUUGGGCGCCAUCGGCCUCCCCGUGUGGGAGAGGGGAGCUCAUCAGAUGAGGAAUCUGGAGGCACACUGCCCCCUCCAGACUUCCCACCCCCACCACUGCCGGACUCGGCCAUCUUCCUGCCCCCCAGCCUGGAUCCUUUGCCAGGGCCAGUGGUGCGGGGACGCGGUGGGGGUGAGGCCCGUGGCCCACCACCUCCCAAGGCCCAUCCAAGACCCCCACUUCCCCCAGGUCCCUCACCCUCCAGCACUUUCCUGGGGGAGGUAGCCAGUGGGGAUGAUCGCUCCUGCUCGGUACUGCAGAUGGCCAAGACACUGAGUGAGGUGGACUACGCUCCGGCUGGGCCUGGCCGCUCAGUGCUCCUGCCAGGCCCGCUGGAGUUGCAGCCACCUCGGGGACUGCCCUCCGACUAUGGCCGGCCUCUCAGCUUCCCUCCACCUCGCAUCCGAGAAAGCAUUCAGGAGGACCUGGCAGAGGAGGCUCCGUGCCCGCAGGGCGGGCGGGCCAGCGGGCUGGGCGAGGCGGGCAUGGGCGCCUGGCUGCGGGCCAUCGGCUUGGAGCGCUAUGAGCAGGGCCUGGUGCACAAUGGCUGGGACGACCUGGAGUUUCUCAGCGACAUCACCGAGGAGGACCUGGAGGAGGCUGGGGUGCAGGACCCAGCUCACAAGCGCCUGCUUCUGGACACCCUGCAGCUCAGCAAGUGAUAGUGGUGGCACUGCGAAGCUGCAAACCUAGAGCUCCUCCCGCCCCCCACGAAGACCCAGCCCUGCCGCGGGAGUUGAAAAGUUAUGAGGGGCGUGGCAGUACCUCUCUGCGUAUUUAUUGGGGAUCUGCGCUCCCCACUGCCCAAUCAUUUGGAAUGCCCUAAUUAGGACAUCCUGCCCCUCACCUUUUGGUCGGGGCGCCAGAGAUCAGUUGCCGUGGUUACCAAGGACCUCGGUUAUUCUGGUGCUGUCCUCCCUUUCUGGACUCCUCCUCCCAGCCCCAGGGGUGCCCGAGGGAUCCAUUUGGGUACGUCUUGGGCCCCCACUUUCAUCGCUGUUUCCUCCAGCGUGAAUUACAGGUGGAGGGGCGCAGCUAGGAUCUCUCCCCAACCCUCACUCUGGGGUGACCAUCCGGAAAUGAAGGAACAGCCCGAGGACCGGGCUGGGGUUUAUUUAAACUUUGUGUGGGUUUAGGGAGGGUGGGCACUUUGAUAUUAUUGGGGCCUGUAGGGGAUGGGGGAGGAUUUCUGCCAUAAAGUGCCAGUUUGCUUAGGUCUCGCUGUCUCCUGGUCUGUACCACCCUAUGUGGGGAUGCGUGGGUCCUUGCUGGUCCUGGUAGCGUGGGGGACUGGGCCCUUGAGGCAGCCUAUCCCCAACCUGGGUACUCAGAGGGGUUGCCAACAUGAUGUCUUCAAUAAAUUAAGUUUUAUUUGGAUUGAGCAAAACUCACCUCAAUAAAUUACAAGUUUUAGAAAG